AUGACAGAAAUGCUCUGCAAUGGCGGAGGUGUUGUUGAUGGUGAUCGAGGCACCAUACUUCUCGUUGUAGGAACUGGAGGAUUUACCCACGCAGCUCCCAUCCUUGAGCUAGGCCGCAUCCUUGCCAGGCGAGGACUUCGCAUCGAGUUCGCCACGCACAAAGGACAGCAAGCGUGGGUGGAAGACCCAUCAUAUGAGUUCGUCUCUCGCGUCUAUACUAUGGGGAACCCAAUGGACCCGGAUUUCGAGGAGGCGCACUACCUACAAAUGCAAGAUUCGGACCCGAGAAGGGACUACCGGGAAUACUUUGCCCCAAAGUUCCGGGUAGAUGCCUUCUGGGCCUCGGACUAUCCAUUUUUAACGGAGAUUGUUGACGUUUGCAAGCCCGAUAUGAUUGUGGCGGACUUCUUCGUUGACGCUGUCCGGGACAUCCAAUACCAAACCGGCAUUCCCGUAGCCAUGCUAUGGCCUCAAAUGCCAUAUGGCAUGGCGAGCGUCUCCUACAUACCGGGAAUGGCAGGAUUCCAGAUUGACGCCCUUACCAGCGAGCACGCCUCAUUGUGGACUAGACUGCGGGCAGCGCUGCGACCUCUGAGAGCGCUGCCGGCCAUCCUUCCGUAUCUCAAGUUCGUCCGUACCAUGCGGCGCGGCGCCGGGGUUCAUUAUUCCCUCCCGGUAUUGAGCAAGCCAAACUACCUGGCCCUUGUGAACUCGUUUUGGGGCCUGGAAACACCAAAGGAACUACCGCCCCUGAUUGCUCCCGUGGGGCCCAUCCUCUCCGACACGUUUCCACCGAUGGAUGAGGCGCUGGCUGCAUUUUACGCGGGCCACAAACGCGUGGUUUAUGUCUCUUUCGGUACACACGUGCGAUUGCCUACCAGCAUCGUGGAGGUGUUUCUCCAGUGCCUAUCCAUGCUUAUGGAGGAAGAGCUCAUCGACGGUGUGGUCUGGGCGGCCAGCGAGGCGCAAUGCAAUUUAUUUCCACAGCGUGAAACUUUUGGGGCUGCAAAUCUUUCCACGAAGGAGAUGCUGCGCAAUGCCGACCCUCAUUGCGUCAACGAAGGCUGCUUCCACGGCCGGCCCAUGCUCAUUCUACCCUUCUUCUUUGACCAACCCUUGAAUGCCCUGCGGUUGCAAGAAGCUGGCGUAGGCCUGGCGCUGGACAAGGCGGACAUCUCUCUCGCUCAAACUUACCCCAAAGCCCGCAUUAUCUUGCAAGAUGCUCAAGGCACUUUUGCUCAGAACAGUAAACGCAUGCGGCACAUUGCACGCGUGGCAUCGCGGAGAAAGGAACUGGGUGCGGACCUAAUUGAAGAAAUGCUAUACGACCACCGAUUUAGCUUGCUCGCCCCACACGAGCCCGGCGCCGGUGGGGCCGGUCGAAGGGGCCGGCCGAUGCAUCUGCAAACGGCGGAUGCGAGGAUGACCAUCACGUGUAUCCGGGCACCUGGGCCGGCCCUCGCCCAUUGGUUGUUGAAAUAUGGCUUCACGGUCACCGUCGUCGAGCGAUCGCCCGGAAUCCGUUCUGGCGGCCAAGCGAUUGAUUUCAAGGGCGCGGUCCACGACACCGUAAUAAGCCGCAUGGGCAUCAAGGACACAACGGUCAUGGCCGCCACCUUCACCGGCGGGGAUGUGGAAAUUCGGCGAGGGGACCUCGGAAGGAUUUUAUACGACUUGAGCGCUUCAGAAUGCGAGUACAGAUUCGGCAAGUCCAUCACCGCCCUCGAGGAAUCGGAAGAUGGCGUGCAAGUGUCGUUUCGAAGCGGGGCGACGCAACGGUUCGACCUCGUCGUCGGCGCGGACGGGAUGCAUUCAAAUACGAGAAGGCUCAUCUUUGGCCCCGAAGCCAGCUAUGUCAAGAACACGGGCUGGUUCUAUGCCUUAGCGGACCUGGAAAACCCCGGCGGGCCAUGGAUGUACAACGAGCCGGGUCGAAUGGCGUCCAUCGGAGGGCCCAAGGCUCCCGCUUUCUUUGUUUUCCAGUGCGACGAGGAGGGUUUAAGCAGCGCAACCCCUGAAAAGCAGAGGGAAACCCUCGUCUCCAUCUACCGCGAUGGCGGGUUCAAAGUACCCGAGCUCCUGUCGGCUCUGCCCAACGCCGGCGAAUUUUACAUGGACUCCAUUAGUCGGGUUGACAUGAAGGACUUUACCAAGGGCCGGGUCGUCUUGCUGGGUGACUCGGCCUACGGAAACACCCUCGGCGGGUUCGGAACCGGACUCGCCGUCGUCGGAGCCUACGUCUUGGCGGGCGAGCUUGCGUUGGCCGGUGGUGAUCACGAGGCGGCUUUUGCAAACCCCCGAACCAACCGGGGCAUCCGGCUGCGGAAUCUCUUCUUCAAAUAUAGCUUCUUAUUUAGCGCACUAGAAAAGCUCACGGAUAGGUUUGCGACGGAUAUCGAGCUCAAGGACUACGAGAAAUUGAUCGGCAUAUAG